GCUGUCAGUGCGCACGUGUUUCUUGUGUGCGAAAUUUUCUUCUUCACUGUUCUGACUAAAUCCCCAACUCUAAAGAAACCUGCAUUCGUUCGAGAUGGGCAAAAAAAACAAGAAAGAUAAGAAGAAGGGGAAGGGUGCAGAAAAAACCCUUCAGAAAACUGACAAAAAAUUUGGCAAGAAGACGAAGAAACAGCUUGCUGAAACCGGGGAGGAAGAUGUAGAAUCCCUUAUUGCCAAAUUCAAACAGGAUGAUAAGAAGAAAAUGGAAAUCGUUGAGACAAAGUGUCCACCUCCAUCACCGAGGUGUAAUAUGAGUCUGACUGCUCACCCGGACAGAGAUGAACUGAUCAUGUUUGGAGGUGAAUAUUUCAAUGGAAAUAAGACAUUCCUCUACAAUGAUCUGUUCUUUUACAACUGCAAGAAGAAUGACUGGCUCCAGGUGACUUCACCGAAUACACCACCACCUCGAUGUGCUCAUCAGGCAGUAGGUUUGAAGCAGCGAGGUGGGGAGUUGUGGGUGUUUGGUGGCGAGUUUGCCAGUCCUUCCCAGGCGCAGUUCUACCAUUACAAAGAUCUGUGGUGUUUCCAUUUGAAAGAAAAGCGCUGGGAACAAGUCAAAGCAUCAGGUGGACCAUCUGCUAGGAGUGGUCACAGGAUGGUGGCCGUCAAGAAACAGCUCUUUGUAUUUGGGGGUUUCCAUGACAACAUUAGGAACUACCGAUAUUUCAACGAUCUUUAUAUGUUUGAUCUUGAGACAUUCAACUGGAGUAAAGUAGACGUGGUCGGGUCACCACCUGCACCUCGAUCAGCCUGUCAGAUGCUGGUCACAGCUGACCAAAAUCGCAUCAUUGUUGCCAAUGGUUACAGCAAGGAACCAAUCAAAAGAGAUAUCGAUAAAGGGAUUGUUCAUACUGAUAUGGUCAUGUUGUCGCCUCAAACCAGAUGUAAAGAAGGUGAACCGGUGACAAAAUGGAAGUGGACAAACAUGAAGCAGUGUGGUUUGAAACCAGAACCAAGGACAGGAAUGUCAGUCAUUCCAGUUGGUGGCGACAAGGCAUUCUUCUUUGGUGGAGUUCAUGAUGAGGAAGAAGAAGAUGAAGAUGUGAAGGGUGUGUUCUAUAACUCCAUGUUUACCUUGGAGCUCAACAAUGCAAAGUGGCAUGAAACUUAUCUAAGGGGCAAGAAAGACGUAGUAGAGAAACGAACAAGGAGAAGAAAGCAUCGUAUGUCUGGGGACAAGGGUGGUGAAUCUGGGUCCGAGGUUGAUGAAGAUUCCAGCGAUAGCGUCGAUGAAACUGGAGAACAUAUAAAAAAGUUAAAACUUAGUCCGGAGGAGGAAACAAAAAGUGAAGUUGCCAUGGAAACGGAUGGUACUGAAACGACUUUUGAUGAUGGUGUGUUCACUGUGAAAAUAGGACCGCAGAGUUCAAGCACUGGUAACAGCGAUGAUCCUGUUGCCAAGCAAUCUGGGGAGGACCUGUUCAUGCCAACUCCGCGGAUGAAUCCAUUAAUGGCGGUGCAACAUGGUGUUUUGUAUCUCUAUGGUGGUGUUUAUGAGGAGGGAGAUAAGCAGGUGACGUUCUCUGACAUGUAUUCUAUUGAUGUAAGAAAAAUGGACGAAUGGACGACAUUGAUCCAGGACGAGUCAGAGAAAUUGGUCUGGGAAGGUUCAGAUAUUUCAUCAGAUGAAGAGGGAGCCACCGGUGUGGAUGAAGGGAUGGAAGAUGAUGAAGGUGACGACGACGACGACGACGACGAUGAUGAUGAUGAUGAUGAUAAUGAUAAUGAUGAUGAUGACGAAGGUUAGUCUGCAGCCAGUUACUUAGAUUGGGGUUCACUGGAGCCUUCCGAUGUUGAACGAUGUUGCCUAUCUUCAAAGAAGAAUGUCAAUCCUGACCUGGCCUUGGGAAAUAGCUCAAUAGUUGUACAUUUUCAAAUCAUUUCGAUUACCUCUAAUUCUUAGAAGCUCUGUUGCUUCAAGUGUUCUACUCUUUUAGAAGAAUACCUUUUAUAGAUUCUUUCUAUUAAGUAUGAUGGACAGUGGUUGUUGAUAACGUUACAAUGUGUUGAUGUAAUGAGGACUCGUGGUGCUAUUGUAUCGAGUGAUUCCAGGUUCAUCGGAUUGGUUGAAAAUUGCAGAGCCCGGCCAUGAAUGAACCCUAAACGUGUAUAAGUAUUUAGUCGUUAACUAUUGUUGCUGCCUCAAAUAUGAUGUAAUACCAUCAUGUUGGUGAAUAUCUGUAUAUACUCUUAAGAAUUGAUAGUUAUGA